UCUGCCCUGUUCUGUUAAUCAGAAAAGUUGAGGCCGGGGCUUUUAGGGAGACAAAUAUUUGAAAUGGAUAAUAUAAAUUCAAACCACUCAACUCCUCUCUUAACAACCAAUGAUGAAAAUUCUCCGGGAACGUUCUUUAGAAAAUUAUGGGAAGAAAAUAAAAUGGUAUGGCACAUUGCUGGACCAUCCAUUUUAAUUUCAAUCUGUCAAUACUCUCUCGCUUCCGUUACUCAAACUUUGGUUGGUCAUAUUGGUACUCUUGAACUUGCUGCUGUUGGUAUUCAAACCUUAGUCAUAUCCGGUAUAGGCUUCGGAAUCAUGUUGGGGAUGGGAAGUGCCUUGGAAACAUUAUGUGGACAAGCGUAUGGAGCAGGAAAAAUGAGGAUGUUAGGGAUAUACUUACAGAGAUCAUGGCUGAUUUUACUUGGAACAGCAAUACCAUUAACCUUACUCUCUAUAUUUGCAACACCCUUAUUAUUAUUGUUAGGUCAACAUAGAGAUAUUGCAAAAUUGGCAGGUACAUAUUCAAUAUGGAUGAUACCAGAACUGUAUAUGUAUGCAUUGAAUUUUCCGAUACAAAAGUUUUUACAAGCUCAAAGUAAAGUAUGGGCAAUGGCAUGGAUUUCAUCUGGGGUAUUAGCAUUUCAUAUACCAUUAAGUUGGUUUUGUAUCAUGAAAUGGGGUUUAGCGGGAGCAGCUGUUUCUUUAAACUUUUCAUGGGUGUUGGUUGUGAUUCUUCAGUACGUAUAUAUUGUCUCGGGACGUUGCAAAGAUUCUUGGAGUGGGUUUUCAUGGUUGGCUUUUUCUGAUUUGCUUGGAUUCCUUUGGUUGUCUUUGUCUUCAGCCGUCAUGCUCUGCUUGGAGUAUUGGAAUUUAAUGGUUUUGAUUGUACUUGCGGGAUUACUUAAAAAUGCUGAAGUCAAAAUUAGUGCUGUCUCCAUCUGUAUGAAUAUUGAAGGAUGGAUAUUUAUGAUACCGCUGGGUUUUAUUGCUGCUGUCAGCGUACGGGUCUCGAAUGAAUUAGGAGCAGGAAAUGCAGCAGCUGCAAAGUUCUCUGUUUGGGUUACUGUCUCAAUUGCGCUAGUCACUCAGACUGCUUUUAUUCUCCUAAUCUUGAUCACAAAAAACAGCUUUCCGAGAUUAUUUACAAGUGACAAGGCGGUUAGCAAAGAAGUUAGUUCGUUAGCUGUGUUUUUAUGCAUCUCAAUCUUCUCUGGCAGCAUCCAACCCAUUUUGUCAGGUAUGGCAGUUGGGGCUGGUUGGCAAGGUGCUGUGGCCUUUGUAAACAUCGCAUCUUACUAUCUCAUUGGGUUCCCCAUCAGUAUCUAUAUGGGACUUAUUUUAGAUUGGGGUCUAAAGGGACUUUGGGGUGGCGCAUUAAUUGGAGUUGGUCUUCAGACAAUCAUUAUCUUAAUAAUGUCUUGGCGUACGGACUGGAACAAAGAGAUUGAAUUAUCAAAGGAGAGAGUUUCAGAUGUUGUAGUUUCAGAUGAGGAAGACACGUCGUCUCACUAAUACAUUUUUGAGCUACUUUCUGCUUCUUCAUUAUUUUUAAUCUUCGCUUUAAUCACCUUUACAAUUCCUUAGAAAUGUAUAAAUUUCCUCUCACGAUGUUCAAAACAGUUAUAUAACAAGGUUUAAUUUCUAAGAAUUCAUAAACCACUUCCACUAUGGUUUAAAAUAUAAGUGAUCUUGUAGUUGCGGAAAAUCCCAAAACUAUACCGGUUUGUAAUGAUAAUAACACAAAGCUUAAAUCAUGUAUAUCAAC